AUGGUUUUGUGCGCAAUUUGUUCAAUUGAAACUUCCAAGUACAAAUGCCCGAGGUGUAUUGCACCAUAUUGCUCACUUGCCUGCUACCAAAAACAUAAACAAGAUGAGUGCAAACCGGAAAACUGUGUACCAAGGGUUGUGCAUGCUACUGUCGAACAAGAGGAUGAGAUGGUCGACUAUGUUCCGAAGAAAAUUUUAGAAGGUUUAAAAUACUCGGAUAAAAUUCGAGAUCUACUGAAGAACCCUCAUCUUCGAAGUCUGCUUCGAUUUUUGAAUGAUACAAAUAAACCGUACUCUGCAUUGGAAAAUGUUAUGCGUGAACCUAUUUUCGUCGAAUUUUCAGAUGAAUGCCUUAAGAUUGUAGGCUCAAACUUAUAG